CUCCCAGAAAUCCCGGACACGGCGAGGGGCGGGUGCCAACGGCGUGUGGGCGGAGCCUAGGGAGUGAGCUGUGCACGUCUCCAGCGGAAGCGGCAGUUAUGGAGCCACUGGAGGAGAGAGAAACGCAGGUUGCUGCGUGGUUAAAAAAAAUAUUUGGAGAUCAUCCCAUUCCACAGUAUGAGGUGAACCCACGGACCACAGAGAUUUUAUAUCACCUCUCAGAACGCAACAGGGUCCGGGACAGGGAUGUCUGCCUGGUAAUAGAGGACUUGAAGCAGAAAGCAAGUGAAUACGAAUCAGAAGCCAAGUAUCUUCAAGACCUUCUCAUGGAGAGUGUGAAUUUUUCCCCUGCCAACCUCUCUAGCACUGGUUCCAGGUAUCUGAAUGCUUUGGUUGACAGUUCGGUGGCCCUUGAAACAAAGGAUACUUCACUAGCUAGUUUUAUCCCUGCAGUGAAUGAUUUGACCUCUAAUCUCUUUCGUACCAAAUCAAAAAGUGAAGAAAUCAAGAUUGAACUGGAAAAACUUGAAAAACAUCUAACUGCAACGUUAGUAUUAGAAAAAUGUCUACAAGAGGAUGUCAAGAAAGCAGAGUUGCAUCUGUCUGUAGAAAGGGCCAAAGUUGAUAAUCGUCGUCAGAACGUGGACUUUCUAAAAGCAAAGUCAGAGGAAUUCAGAUUUGGAAUCAAGGCUGCAGAGGAGCAACUUUCAGCCAGAGGCAUGGAUGCUUCUCUGUCUCAUCAGUCCCUAGUAGCACUAUCGGAGAAACUGGCAAGAUUAAAGCAACAGACUAUACCUUUGAAGAAAAAAUUGGAAUCCUAUUUAGACUUAAUGCCGAAUCCAUCUCUUGCUCAAGUGAAAAUUGAAGAAGCAAAGCGUGAAUUAGAUAGCAUUGAAGCUGAACUUACAAGAAGAGUAGACAUGAUGGAACUGUGACAAGAGCCAAAUAAACAUCCUUUUCCCUAGCAAAGUAAAUCAAAUAGGACUUUACAGAGUUCUUUUUCCUCUUGGCAUUUCUUAAUAACAAAAUUUUGUGUAUUCUUAGAUUACAGAAUGUCAUAUUUGAUAGAAUAUGGUUUCUUACUGUGUAUUGCAUUUUUGUGCCCAAAUACAUAGUUUUCAUAUUAAAAAGCCUUUUCUCUUA